AAAAAUUUGGACUCAAAUCUAAAGGAACCAUAGGGUCUGAAAAGGUCAAAUCCAAGUCAAUACACGGAUUCAAGAUCCAUAUCCAUCCCCAUUGUAAAUCACGCGCAAAUGAAAGAGACAUGGCAAAGUGGCUAAGUCUAUCAAGAAAAUGAAAAUUUAUCUAAACUUUAGUUUAGUGCCACAAACGCCUACACCUUCUUGGGGGAGCUCUUAUGGUUCAGCUUUGGCUUUCCACCUUCCAAUGAUGGCGGUUUCUCUCCACUCCGUCGUCUCUUUUAAUUCUGUCUCUGGAUCCUCCAUUAAAUCGUGUGUUCCAAAAAUCGAUCAUGUAUCCAGUGCUUCCUUUUUCCCGGCCAAAUCAAGGCGAACCAUGAGGUUGAACAGAAGGCUCAAACAUCUAUUAGUCGCAGAGAGUGAUCAAAUAAUUACAGACCAUGGUGAAAGUUCAAAUGUAGAACCCGUUCCAGCUUCCACAGAUUCUUCUCCUCCAGCUAUUCAAUCCGAAAAAAAUGUUGUCGCUGAUUCCGAUCAAGUGAACAAAAUCACUUCUGAUGUUGAUGUGCAAUCUGCACAGAAGAAAGUGCCACUAACCGCGCGAGAGAGAUUAAGGGCAGCACGAGUUCUGAGUCGUUACUCAGAUUCCAAGCCUUCUAAAUCUGAAAUGGGGCGUAGUGUAUUGGAUGCUUUGAAAGAGAGCGAGAAAGGAAAGAAGGGUCUUCCGCAAGCUCCUACAAACCUGUUUGAUGACAGCAAAAGAGGAAUGCCAAAGAAGGGUCUUACGUUUGAUUUACCUGGAGGUUUCGAUCUGUUUCUGAUCGGGUUUUCUUUUGUUUUUAUAAGCACAGUCAUGUUUGCAACAACUUACAUCGUAUGGAAAGUUGGCGCAAUUCAUUACAAUGAAUUAUAAUAUGGCAAUUUGCUUCAAACAGAACAUAUAAAUGUUUUGAAUCAUAAUGUGUAAUUUAGUUUGUAUACAUUACCCAUCUGUGUUUUAAUGGAAAUAGAUGUGUUACUUGUUAGAAAAAUAACCCA